AUGGAGACCCCAGUUUCUGACAUUCAAGUAGAAAGCAAGGAUGAGACGGGAUCAGCAGAAGUUAGAGCUCGGGAUGAGAAGCAGGAGGAAAAGGCAUCGAUGCUUUGCUUCAAGAGAAGAAAGAAAUCAGCCAAAGCCACGAAGCCCAAAGCCGGCCCUGGAGCCGUGGUCACGGCCAGGGAGUGCGGUGCAGGAGCUGGAGCUUCUGAGCAGCCACAGCCCCCGGCGGGGGCCUGGGCCUCAAUAAAACGUCUGGUGACGCGCAGGAAAAGGUCAGGCUCUUCAAAGCUGCAGAAGCCCUCCGAGGCCAACGUGCAACCUGAAGUCAGCGCCGAAGAUGCUGAUCUUCCUAAGAAAAAGGCGAAAUCCAGACUGAGGAUCCCCUGCAUAAAAUUCUCAAAGGGGGAGAAAAGACAUCAUCAUUCCGAAAUCAUAGAAGAUGCAGACUGCAGCGUCCAAGUUCAGGGAGAGGCAGAAAGGAUGGAUACAAAAACCCCAACCCAAUCGGAUGAAGACCAGGCAACAAAGACUCAGCUGAGCCAGGAAGUGAGUGGAGAGGUCGCACAGGACAAGGGUGAUGAGGUCUGCGAGUCAAAUGUGAGCAACAGCGGAACUUCUCCUGGAGAGAAUGUGAUUUCGGUAGAACUUGGGUUAGAAAAGGGGCAUUCUGCUAUUCACACAGGAACUCUAACCCUUGAACAAGACAUUGAAACAGCGGAGGAAAAGCCGGGUGUCCAGCCCCAGCGGACAAGCCCACCGGAAACUUCAGAAGCAGAACAUCAGCCACCGGUGGUUUCUGAUGCUCUGCGCUCACCUGCAACCCCAGAUCAACACAGCGCGGAAGAAGCCAGAAACGGUGUCCUGGAAAGUGAGCCAAAUGGGAAAGGCCAGGAAAGUGGAGAGAUUGUAGCUGAGGAGAUGAAGCCAAAAAAUGAUGUGUUGAGCCAGGAACCCGAUUUUAAAGAAACCGAGGUCAGUGCAGAGAAACCCAAACAGGAAGAAAACAAAAGAAUGGAGCCCAUUGCUAUUAUUAUCACAGACACUGAGAUUAGUGAAUUUGAUGUGAAGAAAUCGAAAAAUGUCCCCAAGCAAUUCUUAAUCUCAAUUGAAAAUGAGGAAGUAGGGGGUUUUGAGGGGAGAACUUCAGAACAGUAUGAAACACUCUUAAUGGAAACAGCCUCCUCUCUUGUCAAGCACGCUAUCCAGUUGUCCAUAGAACAGCUGGUUAAUGAAAUGGCCUCUGGGGAUAACACAAUAAACAAUCUUCUACAGUGA